GAUCAGAUUUGUGUGUGUGAUUGAAUUUGGUGUGUAGGGUUAACACAAAAAGGGGUGCGGUUUCAUCCUCAACUCCCCUUAUAGCGUACAGAGCAACCAAAAUACGUGCUGUUGUAUCUCAGACACACAGCACAGGAUGAGAUAUAUACAGCCUGUGUGUGUGUGAGUGUAUGUAUGUGUGUGUGUGUGUGUGUGUGUGGCUGAGAAAUAGAGCAGGAGAACAGAGACAUUGUGGUGUGGAGCAGUUUACACUGAUGAGGAUGUAACAGGUAACAGGAGCAAUGACACGCGCGUCUGAUCAGUGACUGAUGCUGGAGGAGAGAAAUACAUCGUAACCAAGCAACCGUUUCACCUGGACACGAGGUCUCACCUGCAGCUCCGGGGGUCUUCUAUAGAAGCAGGAAAUCCGCGUUAACACGUUUGAAGCCAGACGGUCUACCAGAUGAACUCAGAAGAAAGGAUAUAGGGGUGACGCCGAGGACUUUCUUUCACUUUUUAUUGACAAGCUGGAAAUGGAUAUCAGAAAUCAAGAGAAUCACACAGCUCUGCUGAGGCAGUCCAAUUAGGAUCUGUCAAGCAAUGCUGCCUCUGAAAAACAUUAAAGAUCAAGUCAAGUAAUUAAAAGGAGUCAGUCAGCAAAGGAUGAUCGUUGCUAAAUUCUGACACGUCGUUAGUUUUUUGUUUGUUUUUUACUUUUGUCCUUUUACUGUGCACUUACAAAAAUGAAUAACAUGUUCACCAUAAAAGCAGAUGUCAUAUUUCACGCUGCGGCUCAUGAAGACUCGGAGCAGUCCAUCAUUACCAAAGGGACCGAAGCGGUUGUUCCAAGAGAAGUUAGCGCUUGUGUUUCCGAGACAGGAAUACUGCAAAGAUCCUGGGAUAACUUGGAAUCUGGAAGUGUAGCAGAAACUGGAAAUCUGGGAAAGCACUGCUCGGGUUCAGGAGACUGUCUGCAAGAUGGAAACUCCAGUGACAGCGGGUUUCAGGAUCACGUUCAACCAGCGGAUGCUAGCGUUAAGAAGCAGAGCGAGUCAUCGAGCAAAAAUGGAGUAAAUGAGAAGGCGAAUGGAGCCACGGCUGAGAGAUCUUUACUUGGCCUGAGGUCAGAAACCAGAGGGGAAAUGGCUAAAUCUUAUGUUUACGAGACCGAAAUCAUGAGGAGUCCAAGCGUCGUCAGUAACGUGUCCUCUCUUUCACAGGACUCUUUUUCUGACUCAAAGGAAAGCAGAUCGAUGGAACAAUCACUGGGAAAUUUAUGUUUAUUACAAGGAGCUGCACAUGGACACUUUACAAAUGAGUACGGGGUAAAAAAUUCUGUCUCUGUUAGAGAGAAGCCUGAUUUAGUUAUUGAAGUAGGCAGGCAGAAGGUCCAAGUACAUAAAUCUGUUCUAGCUGAAAAAAGUGACUAUUUUAAAGCCAGGCUUUCUCGAGACAUUCUGAAAGUGAAAGGCGUAAGCUACAAAACACUGUCUGUCCUGAUAGAUUAUGUUUAUACCUCCAACAUUAAUGUGAACAAGGAUAACAUCGUGGAUGUUGUCACUGGUGCGAAGAUCUUACAGAUCCCCUGUGCAGUGCAGGCAGCAAUUGACGCCAUGUCUGCUCAGCUCACCACGCAGAACUGCUACGAGAUUCUAACCAUCGCUAAAAAGCAGCGACUAAGCCAACUGAAGGAGACGGCGUAUCGUUUCAUAAGUGACAACUUUCUGCAGGUUUUGAAAGAUCCCGCUGUUUACGGGCGUCUCACGGGCUCAGAGCGCGACUUAGUUUUGAGAAAUCGUAUGGAGGGUCGCAAGUGUCUGAUGGUGGCUGAGAUCAAUGACGUUUUUGAGAGAGUGGGCAGCAGACCCCCUAGCAGGGGCAACAGCAGGCCACAGAGCCCUCUCUCCGUCACCUCGUUUGAGGACAACCACAUGAUCUACUACUACAACGAGAAUACCAAGGAUUGGCACACUUUGACCAUAAUGCCCGAGGAUAUUAAUACCAAAGGCUGUGGCAUAUGUUGCUUGUAUAACUACCUGUUUGUCGCAGGUGGCAUCCGAGGAUAUGGGGAGAAAGGAAAGGCGUCAGACAAAGUUUUCUGCUACAAUCCCGUAACAGACCGCUGGAGCGAGAUAAGGCCUAUGAACCAAGCGAGGUCACAGCUCAAAUUAGUGUCCAUGGAUGGCUUUUUGUAUGCCAUUGGUGGGGAAUGUCUCUUUACCGUGGAGAAGUAUGACCCUCGUAUGGACCGUUGGACCACUGUGGCUCCGCUGCCCAAAGGAGCAUUCGCAGUUGCCCAUGAGGCUACCACCUGCAACGGAGAGCUGUACGUAUCGGGAGGAACUCUCUUCUACCGCCUCUUGAAGUACGACCCCAAGAGGGAUGAGUGGCAAGAAUGUCCAUACAACAACAGCAGGAAGAAAUCCACUGACAUGGUUGCUCUGAAGAGCUUUAUCUACAGGUUUGAUGUCAACCGUGAACAAGGCAUCAACGUGUUUAAGUACAACACCAUAGUCAAGAUGUGGCACGAUUGCGCUUCCUAUCAGCAAGGGAGUCCGCUGCCGUUCAGGUGUGCUGUGAUUGGAAGCUGCAUCUACUGUGUCAACAAGACUCAGACUCUGCAGUUUAUAGUGGAGGAGGAAGGUGCUCGAUUUGAAGAAGAACCUCUGAAAGCUCCCACGGAGGCUAAAGGAGUGUUAUUCCCAUUCGUUCUGACCUUGCCAGAUAGAAGUGACCGAAAUGUGUGAGUAGGGAGUCUUCAGGGAGCAAAACAUGAGUAGAAAUGUGUAAGAAGCAUGGUCAAUGAAAAGAAAGCUUUAUUUCUCGCUCAGUUAAACUGCUUGUAACAGGAAUGUUUCUCUUUGCAUGGUGGAUGAACAUCCAACGGACUCCUUAAAAGGACAACACUUUUCUUUUAAUAUUGUGGCACAGUGGCAUUACUUAUAUAUAUAUGUGUGUGUGUGUGUGUGUGUAUAUAAAACCUGGAUGCAUUUGUUUUGUGCACUUUUCUACAUGGAUGUUGGACAGAAAUGAUCUGGGAGCAACAAAAACUGAUUUAAAAACCAAUUGCCACAAAAAGCACAACAGAAAAUUUAACUCCAAAUAAAAUCUAGCAGUCUAAGUAGAGUUAAGAUCAUUAAACUGGAGGUAGACAUAAUUUAAGAAUAAAUUAAAUAAAUUCUUUAAUUUAAAGACUAUAGCACAGAAAAAUAGAAAUAUAUAACGAAAGUAUUUAGUUAACACGAACCUUUGAGCACAUGCCUUUGACUUGAAGUGAAGCCAUUGAACAAGGAAAGGUUACGCUAACAAAACUUGGCUGUACGCUGUUUAAGAGCACAAAGCACUUGACUGUUCUCUUUCUUUGGCGGCACUCAGUAAGGAUACAGGAUUAACACGUGAGGAACGUCUGAUCGUAUGCAUCUUUUAACGUAAUUCUAACAAGGGCUUUACAAACAGCAGGUGAACUAGGAAUCGAGCCAGUGAUUUGAAUCGCAGACAAACUUAAGUUAUGAGAAUAUUUUUGCUUUUUGAUUGGUGGUUCAUGUGUCCUUUAGUUCAGCGGCUAUUAAAGGUGAGGUGCACGAUGUUUGAAAGCCAAUGUUGACAUUUGAAAUCACCAAAACAAACACGCCCCUAACCCAAAUGGGUGUCACCCCUGUUUUGAUAGCUCCGCCCCACACAUACAUACGCAACCCAUGCAAGGGGAUAUUUUUAUCAGUAAAUGAACACAAUGAGUAAUACUAUGGUAACACAAAUGUGUUUUUGUAGUACUGUGUGUUGUACCGUGUAAGGUUUACGUAGCUCCGUUUCACGUGGAAGACAUUCAGUUCUCUACAGCGCUGGCAAGCUGAUCCUAUAUUAACACAUGUCCUGCUUCUUGCCUUAUCGUAAGCCUUUUUUCGCUUUCCGUUUUUAUCCGCCAUGUCAAUGUUUCAAUCGCUUUAUGCUAAUGUCACACAUGAGCACUGAACGAUCUCUCCGCUGCAUAUUCACAAGACACGACCCUUUAUGCUGAUUGGCUACACGUUUGUUUUGUUUGUUGGCCCGACUCGGUUUUCUGAAGCAUUUCUCAAACAACGUGCACCGCACCUUUAAAUAGGCUUCUGGGGAUUCUAGGAAUCUGUGAAGCGUAGCCUAGGGGGCUAUAGCACAAUUAUUUUAUUACAGAGUUGACGAAUUGCUUUUGUCCACUAGACUUAGAUUUACAUUGAUGUUGUUUGGCAGAUGCCUUCAUCCAGAGCGACCUUAGUUUAUUUUCUAAAAAUUAGCAGUUCAGGGUCUUGUUCAUGGGCCCAACAGUGUCAUCGUGGUGGUUCUCUGAUCCCUUAACCAAUCCCUUAACAUGUUGGUUCUCUAAUCCCUUAACCAAUCCCUUAACAUGGUGGUUCUCCAGUCCCUUAACCAAUCCCUUAACAUGUUGGUUCUCUGAUCCCUUAACCAAUCCCUUAACAUGGUGGUUCUCCAGUCCCUUAACCAUUGAGUUACCACUUGAUGUCUAUCAUCUGUGUCCUGAUGGUUCAAAGUCCAGAUACGUAAAGCUUCGAAUAACUAGUCAGAAUGUUUCUGUACACAUUUAAAUACUGUGGAAUAUUUGACUUUGUUUCAUAAAAUCAAUCUGAGUUUUUAUGAAACUUAUGUUACAGUUAAAACAGUCAGAUACAGAACUGAAGCGUCGCUGAUGACAAACAGGGCGAGCGUCUCGGUUUCAAUCUGAAGCACAAUUUUCGAAGCUUUGCUGAUUAGAUCUCUGUAUGAGCGAAACAUGACACUUGUGAAAAAGAGCCAGAUUAACUACGGAGCACUUGAUAAGCGGUGAGCACAUGUCAUUCUUUUAUCAGGAUAAAUUAAUAGACUACAGAAUAAUUCCUGCUUCGUUGCCGCCGCCUGCUUCUGGAUUCGUACAAGCAAAAAUAUUUUGCACUUUCUGAUGACUUUUUUCCAAUUUGCAAUAAGAUGCUAGAGCUAGUUGGAAGAUUAAUGGUGUGUGUGUGUGUGUGUGUGUGUGUGUGUGCUGCUAUCACAGAAGUAAAAGGAAACUAAUCUCAAUCCAAAUCUGCUGCUGCUGCAUUUCUGUGAAAUUUCUGAGCAUUAUUUGUCUUUGUAACUCUCAGUAAUACCAGAAAAGGAAAUUUGACGCUACAUCUGUCAGUACAUCAUAAUCGAUUAUUUUUCAAAAGUUGUGACCAGUUCAAGUUGAAAUAGAGCCUUAUAACGCAGUCGCUGCUCUUUCUCGAUGUGUGUUUAUUGUUCUAUAAGAAUGAUUAUUCUAAAUAAAAAAGUAUUGUUCAAAACUGCCGUGUUCUACAUCGUACCUCACGACGAUCCUAAAUAUGAGCCAGCAGAGAAAUGGACGACUUCCUGAUUCGUUUCACUCAGUUAAUCCUUAUUAUUGAAGAAGGCAUUAGAAGUGAUCAGUUUUAGACAAAACUGGUCUUAUUGGGGCUUUUUACACCUGGUCACUUCAUGCGUUUUCUGUGAUCAGAUAACUAUCCGAUGGUAAAAAGACCAGGUCUAAAUGCCCUCUGAAACGUUUUGGAGACGGAUAUAAAUCCGACAGUACAAACCCCUUCAGGAGGUGGUCUGGGACGCGUUUCAGAUGAAACUGGACAGGUGUAAAUGA